CUUGGAGAAGGAGCGAGCGAAGAGGAAGGCGGCGGAGGGGCGGCGGCGGCAGCGGGGCGCGCUGUCCAAGGUCCUGAAGCAGCGGCGCACCCGCGACCGCCACCAGGCACAUGGGGAAGUGAGCCCCCGUCCCAACUCCAAGCACAGAAGGGCAAGAGACGAAUCCGAAGCCAACGAAGCCCUUUAGGGAGCGAGUUCCCUUUCCUUGCGCUACCUUGGGCGGGCAGCCGGUCCAAAGUGUGGGCGAAGCCAGCAUGGAGCAAGAGAAAUAUUUACCCGAGCUGAUGGCUGAGAAGGAUAGCUUAGACCUGUCCUUUGUUCAUGCAAUGCGCCUUUUGGCGGAAGAAAUUGAAAAGUUCCAGAGUUCUGAUGAGAAAAAGGAGGAUGAAGAGAAAAAAUAUCUUGAUGUCAUCAGCAAUAAAAAUAUAAAGCUGUCAGAGAGAGUAUUGAUUCCCGUCAAACAAUAUCCAAAG